GUCAUUGAAAACGUUAGCGGUUUUUGUAGUCCACAGCGCAGUACCCAGUGUGGCUGAGGUCUGACAGGGAAGCAGUGUAGGUGCAAUCAUUACACAAAUAACAGAUAACCAUGGCCAUGUUGCUGAACUCUGUGCGAAGCUACCCAAUCAGCCCUGCUAGAGCUGUGCAAUUUGCUGCUCGUUCUCUGAGUACAUCAUCCCAGCAACAUGCUCAGGCUCAGACAAAAAGUAAAAAGACACUAGCCCGGCCUGGGGUAAAGAACAUUGUCUUGGUGGAAGGAGUCCGCACCCCUUUCCUUAUGUCUGGAACAGCAUACGCCGACCUUAUGCCACAUGACCUUGCCAGAGCAGCGCUACAGGGGCUUUUGAACAAGACAAGUAUACCCAAAGACGCUGUAGACUACAUCAUCUAUGGAACAGUCAUUCAAGAAGUAAAGACCAGCAAUGUAGCAAGAGAGGCUGCUCUCGGAGCAGGUUUUUCUGACAAGAUCCCAGCUCACACCGUCACUAUGGCCUGCAUCUCCUCCAACCAGGCAAUGACUUCAGCCGUGGGUCUGAUCGCUGCUGGCCAGUGUGAUGCUGUUGUAGCAGGAGGUGUGGAGUUCAUGUCUGAUGUUCCCAUUCGUCACAGCCGUAAGAUGAGGAAGACCAUGCUUUCUCUCAACAAGGCCAAGACACUCGGCCAGAGGCUGAGUUUGAUUGGAAGCAUCAGGCUGGCACACCUGUCCCCAGAGCUGCCUGCAGUGGCGGAGUUCUCCACAGCAGAGACUAUGGGCCACAGCGCUGAUCGUCUGGCCGCCGCUUUUGGAGUGUCCCGAUUGGAGCAGGAUGAGUUUGCCUUGCGCUCUCACAUUCUGGCCAAAAAGGCUCAAGACGAAGGACUGCUCCAAGAUGUGGUCUCUUUCAAAGUGCCAGGUCGUGAUAUUGUUUCUAAGGAUAACGGUAUCCGCCCAUCUUCCAUGGAGCAGAUGGCUAGACUGAAACCAGCCUUUGUGAAGCCUCAUGGCACUGUCACUGCUGCCAACUCCUCCUUCUUGACUGACGGAGCCUCUGCAGUUCUCAUCAUGUCUGAAGAGAAGGCUUUGGCAAUGGGUUACAAACCCAAAGCCUAUCUCAGAGACUUUGUGUAUGUUUCCCAAGACCCAAAGGAUCAGCUACUCUUGGGACCAACAUAUGCCACACCUAAAGUCUUGGAGAGAGCUGGUUUAACUAUGAAUGAUAUUGAUGUCUUUGAGUUUCAUGAGGCAUUUGCUGGUCAGAUCAUGGCUAAUCUAAAGGCAAUGGACUCAGACUGGUUUGCACAGACUUACAUGGGCAGAAAAGCAAAGGUUGGGACGCCUCCUAUGGAGAAGUUCAACCUGUGGGGCGGCUCCUUGUCUCUCGGGCAUCCGUUCGGGGCCACUGGCUGCAGACUGGUCACAACAGUCGCACACCGGCUGCAGAAAGAGGGAGGCCAGUUUGGGCUAGUAGCAGCAUGCGCAGCUGGAGGACAGGGCCAUGGGAUGGUAAUUGAAGCCUACCCUCAGUGAAGCACUUAGUGAAUAAUGUCUGUUUUGACAUGGGACAAACAUGCUAACAUUCGUACAUCCGUGUGUACAUAAUGCACCAUUUUGCCUUGG